AAUAGAAUUUAUAAAUAAAAACAAGAACUUUAUAAAAAGAUAUUAAUUUAAAUUUUAAAAUAAAAAACAUUUUAAAAAUAAACAAUUCUCUCAAUUUUCACAAAAAUUAAAAUAAAGGAAUAUCAUUAUAUUUCUAAGGUUUGCAAAAUAACUAAAAAAUAAGCCUAGAUACAAUAAUAUUUAACCUUGAUUAAUAAAUAUCCUUUUUUAACUAAGUUUAAUUCCAAAACAUAAAUAUAGUUGGAACUUUAAUAUCUUUCAACCAAAUUAUAAGCGGAGUUUUAAUCCAAGCCUCUCUAUUCCCAGUUAUUUUAUUAAAUAAUAGCAACAUUAUAAUCGAAAAUAUAAAACUUCCAAUAAAAAAAACUUAUCUAUAAUGCCAAACAUCAUAUGAAAAUAUAAACCUAAAGAACGCGUUUGUUUAAUAAGACUAUUUAUCAAACUAUAUAUCAUCCACUUGCUCGAAAAUUCAAUCUAUAAUAGACUUCGAUCAAAAAAUAUCAUAACCUGGAUAAGAGUAAGCCCAAAAGCAAUGUCCUGAAAAUUCUAUACAAACCCAAAAUUCCUCAAAUGAACUAUUUUGUAAAUGCUUUGAAAAUUACCAAGAAGAAUAUGAUACUAAAACUGGUGAAAUAAUAAAUUGCAAAGAAACACCUUCAAUACUAGCAUGUGACCCUUCCUGUGAAAAAUGUAUAGAAAACAGCAAUAUAUGCAUAGAUUGCCCUCCUUCCCAUAUACUAUCUCGUGAUCGAAUAACCUGUAUUAAAAAUACUUCUUGUCAUCCCAGUUGUCAUUGUGAUUUAGUAGAUGAUGGAUGUUCAAGUUGUAAUAUAUGUACUAGGUGUAGAUAACCGUAAAUGGCUUCUAUUGUAGAAAAAGAUUACUGUUAAUGUAAUACUCCUGAUUUUACUUGAAAAAAGGAAUCAACUAAUGGGAAUGUGAGGAAAAACAGAAAGCUAAAAAAGCCCAUAUUUGUGAAUGGUAGUUAUAUAAUUAAAUUAUAAAUGUUGUUUUGUUGUCAAAAUGUGAAUUUUUGAAUGAAAAUGGAAGAAAAUAUGUAAAAGAUUAAAUCAUAUUUAAUUGGGAAAGGACAAUUGGAAAUUUUGAUUAAAACCAGUGUAGAGAAUAUUUAAAUGUAAACUUUUUUUAUUCGAAAAAUUGUAAAGACGGAUAUGCACCUUUAGAUAAUUAAAAAUAUAUAGAAAAUUCGGAUCCAAAUAUUAUAAAAAUCCCACUUAUUGAGGUUUAUGAUUUAUCUUCUUCUACAAUUAUUGAGGAAAGAACGAUUUAUUAAAAAAUUUGCUUCCAAAUUGAAUUUUAGAGUUUUGGAAAAAUUAUUCGAGAACAUUAAUUUUAAAUGAGAAUUUACACAAAUAGGGACCAAGUAGAAACUUUUCAUUUAGAUAUUUCUAAAUAAAUAACAUAAGGGUGUGAUUAAGGACAAUAAUGUAUUAUUAUUGCUAACUUAGACACUAGAGGUUAUAUUUGUUUAGAUUCUAAAUGCGAAUAAUUCUUAGAAUAAAACAUGACUUAAUAAAAAAAUUAUGUAGUCGGUUAGAAUUUUUUUGCCAGAAUUUAAUUUGCUGAUAAUACAUAUAAAAAAUACUUAUAAGUUACUAAUGUUAAAUUUAUUGAUGAUAGAGGAAUAUAUAAUUAUGCUAUAAAUACAUAAUUUUGGAUUCUAAGAUAAAAUUUUGGCAGUGUUGAUAUUAAUGUUUUAUUGUUUUAACCUUAAGUUAAUGCUUCAAUUGUCGUUGAACUUAAAAUAAGUUUGGAUUUGUAAAAAAUGAAUAUUAGGAAUUUAAAAGAUCAAGAUUAAAAUGUUUAAUAAGUUUUUACUUAAAUUAAUGUUUUAGAAAAUUAAAAAUUAAAUGAAAGUAAAAAUGUGCUUUUAGAAUUAAAAAAUUUUGGUAUUUUUUUGAUUUUUAAAGUUUUGAUUUUUGGAGUUUUAAUUGUUUUAUGAAAAUGAUAAGUUUUCUAAUUUUAAUUAAAAUAGAUUAUAUAAAGUU